AUGGGUGAUGGAACAGUCACCAUAGACUCCAAGCUAACAUUGAAUAACAUUAAAGCUAUCAGUAGCUGCCUCAUCAAGGAGUUUGUGGUCGUUCAUUUCUGCCUGCUGACCACCUCUUUGGCCGGACAGAAAAACUUCUCCGGAAAAGUUCAAAAAUUGGCUAAACAAAAAUACCAUGACAUAUACAGAGAAACAGGCAAGGUGAAGAUAUUCGGAAAAGAUUGGGUGCUCGAGGAUACCAAGAUUCUAAACAACUACUACAAGGACUUCAAUCAAUUAAAGAUUGUACUAGUAAGAGGACUGAAGAACUUCAAAUACGAAGGAGAAGAAUGUUUUGUAUCUUUAAGAAAGAAAGGAAAGAGGAAUCUAGAGAAAACAUUGCUGUGUUUCAUAUCUAUGAUCAGCAAAAGCAGGGGAAGAAAUUUUUUUGAGUAUAAGCAUGAAAUGGAGGAGGUAUUUCUCAAGAAAAAAAAUAUCCGUCCUGAAUUGCUGCUAGCAAGUGAUCAAAUAGAUACUCAAAUAGAUAUGAACAGUGAUGAUGCUAUCACUACAGCUGUGUCUUCACCAUAUAAAAGCCUGUCAGUAACAGUGAUCGUAUCGCGAAGCGAUACAACACUAUUCAAGCUCACCUUAGCGAUAGAUAUAGUCACUCGUCUCAGCUACAGUGCUCAUUACAAGACAGUAAGGCCCCCGAGAACGACAACUGUUUUGACGUGGGUAGCACUGGAUAGCGGAGGCUCCGAAAUCUCCUUAGCGAAAUUAGAGGCGGUAACGGAGUCGAGGUGUCAACGUAACGAAUGCCAUAGCGUAGUUAUGAAUAGGUUUAUGGAGGUACCUGUUGAGCGGGUGGAGGAUGUUUUCAGAUCAAUCAAGUCUAAUGCUAGCCCUAUUAAUGGUAUCAACUUGUCCAUGUUAGAGAUGAUCUUCCCGUACAUCAACCACACUGUAUGCCAUAUAAUCAAUACUUCAUUCAACUCGUUAAUCAUGUCGAACAUAUGGAAACGCUCGGUUGUUCUACCGUUAGCAAAAUUACCUAUAGCCACACAACUGGAUGACAGCAACGACUAUACUUCCCACUAUGUCCAAGCUUAUUGA